UACCUAACAAUUGAAGCCCCUCCAAGCUCUGACAUCAUGGGGGGUCAGCUCUCAGCGGCCCAGACCUCCCAGAAGGACAAAGUGGGGGCCAGGGACCAUGGCGGGGGCAUGAGCUGCAACCAAGAGCCAGCAACGGCCUCUGGCAGCUCUGUGUCCGGCAGCAUGUUCAGCUGGGUCAGCAAGGAUGCGCGUCGUAAGAAGGAGCCGGAGCUGUUCCAGACGGUGGCCGAGGGGCUGCGGCAGCUGUACGCGCAGAAGCUGCUGCCGCUCGAGGAGCACUACCGCUUCCACGAGUUCCACUCGCCCGCGCUCGAGGACGCGGACUUCGACAACAAGCCCAUGGUGCUGCUCGUGGGCCAGUACAGCACGGGCAAGACCACCUUCAUCCGGCACCUGAUCGAGCAGGACUUCCCGGGGAUGCGCAUCGGGCCCGAGCCCACCACCGACUCGUUCAUCGCCGUCAUGCACGGCCCCACCGAGGGCGUGGUGCCGGGCAACGCGCUCGUCGUCGACCCGCGACGCCCCUUCCGCAAACUUAACGCCUUCGGCAACGCCUUCCUCAACAGGUUCAUGUGUGCCCAGCUGCCCAACCCGGUGCUGGACAGCAUCAGCAUCAUCGACACGCCAGGGAUCCUGUCUGGGGAAAAACAGCGCAUCAGCCGAGGCUAUGACUUCGCCGCAGUGCUGGAGUGGUUUGCGGAGCGCGUGGACCGCAUCAUCCUGCUCUUCGACGCCCACAAGCUGGACAUCUCGGACGAGUUCUCGGAGGUCAUCAAGGCCCUCAAGAACCAUGAGGACAAGAUCCGCGUGGUGCUCAACAAGGCGGAUCAGAUCGAGACGCAGCAGCUGAUGCGCGUCUACGGAGCGCUCAUGUGGUCGCUGGGCAAGAUCAUCAACACGCCCGAGGUGGUACGGGUCUACAUCGGCUCCUUCUGGUCACACCCACUGCUCAUACCCGACAACCGCAAGCUCUUCGAGGCCGAGGAGCAGGACCUGUUCAAGGACAUCCAGUCCCUGCCCCGCAACGCUGCCCUCAGGAAGCUCAACGACCUGAUCAAGAGGGCGCGGCUGGCCAAGGUGCACGCCUACAUCAUCAGCUCCCUCAAGAAGGAGAUGCCCAACGUGUUCGGGAAGGAGAGCAAGAAGAAGGAGCUGGUGAACAACCUGGGUGAGAUCUACCAGAAGAUUGAGCGGGAGCACCAGAUCUCACCUGGCGACUUCCCCAGCCUGCGCAAGAUGCAGGAGCAACUGCAGACGCAGGACUUCAGCAAGUUCCAGGCCUUGAAGCCCAAGCUGCUGGACACGGUGGACGACAUGCUGGCCAACGACAUCGCACGCCUGAUGGUGAUGGUGCGCCAGGAGGAGUCGCUCAUGCCCUCGCAGGCCGUCAAGGGCGGUGCCUUCGAUGGCACCAUGAACGGGCCCUUCGGGCACGGCUAUGGUGAGGGUGCUGGCGAGGGCAUCGAUGAUGUCGAGUGGGUGGUGGGCAAGGACAAGCCCACGUACGACGAGAUCUUCUACACCCUGUCCCCCGUCAACGGCAAGAUCACGGGCGCCAACGCCAAGAAGGAGAUGGUGAAGUCAAAGCUGCCCAACACGGUGCUGGGCAAGAUCUGGAAGCUGGCGGACGUGGACAAGGACGGGCUGCUGGACGAUGAGGAGUUCGCCCUGGCCAACCACCUCAUCAAGGUCAAGCUCGAGGGCCACGAGCUGCCCGCGGACUUGCCCCCACAUCUUGUUCCGCCCUCCAAGCGGAGGCACGAGUGACGGGGCAGCCGCCAGGGAGGCCUCAGCCGGGGAGCGAGGGCCCGCCGUUUGUCGAGGUCCAUAAAAGACAGAGCGCAGGCUGCCUCUGCCCUGGCAAGGGAGAACCGCCAUCUUUCGUCGAAGGCCAGCCCAGGCUGGCAGCAGGGGAGCCAAGCAGGGGAGGCCCCCGCCAUGUGCAGGGUGUUUGUGCACAGG